AAUAUUCAGAUGGUCUCCUGUUUUUUGUGUGUGUAUUUCCUUGAAGUUGUACCUCCACGGCCCUGGUGAAUUUUCAGGUAACGGCAGUUUGCGUGUGUCACAGCGGGUGUGUUGUUUUUUACUCGAAGUUGCACUGGUGUGUCACAGCGGUGUGUUUUUUACUCGAAGUUGCACUGGUGUAUUUUGGAGAAUGUGUAUGCAUGUAUAUGUCCACGAACGGCCUGUCAGGGCGCUGUCGGAUAGGUUGCAGGGGGUAUAGGACCGAUGCUGUUUCCGAACGAGCCGUUUUUGAUGAUUUUUUUUCUCAUUUGUGUCUGCGCAGGUGGAUAUCUUCGUUGAGGCAGUCUCGCAUCAAGGAAACGACUAUCAAGCACUACGCACAAAACGUAGCGCAAUUUGUCGAUUUCUUGGCCGAGACCCCUCCUCCGACAUGCAGGCUGAGCAAGACGGUACUGAUCGGACUUCGGCGGGAGAUGCGCCAGAUCCUGAAAUCGAUGCGGAGGGGCGUGGUGGCUCACCAGGCGGCGGUGAAGGCCUCCAAGGAGGAGAGGGUCUUAUCAAAGGCGACUCUCCGAAAGUGCCGCGAGCUCGCGAAGCAAGCGAUCCCCGAGCUUCUGGGUAAAUAGAUGCACGUUCGUUCUAUCCACAGACGUCCUACGGGGUCCGCGUCGAAUAGGUAGCAGGUGGGAGGGUGUCGGGUAAGGGAAUCCGCCUCCCAGCCGCCGCCUAUUUGACGGGGACCCCGAAAGCAAUCCGUGUACAGGCCCUUUGUAAUUUGGAUGUUUGUUUUUUUUUUUGUUUUUUUUUUUUUCUCCUGUUUCAGCUACUUUGGAGAGCACUCCGACAGCCAAGAACCUGUGGCGGUUUUAUGGAUAUUUCUCGGCUUUCCUCGCCUCCAUCUACGGCCACCGAGGAGGCGUUUAUCAAAACAUGACGAUCCAGGAGGUGGAGGGGGCGAGGAAAUCCACUUCUGAAAAGUCCUACGUCAUAAACAUCGAAAGCCAUAAGACCAACCAGGCCUACGGGCCAGCCCAGGUGGCGCUCCUGGAGGAGGAGUACGAAUGGAGCAGGCGUUUCCUGGCGCUGAGGAACAAGUUCCCGGGGGGGAAGGCGGCCAAACAUUUCUUCUUCACCUCCACGCCAAACCCCUGUAAGAACCUGAACUGUUAUUUUCAGGAGGCGUGGAAGGAGAUGAAACUGCCCGGCUGCCCGACCUUCACGGACCUUAGGACCUCGAUCGCCAGCCACGCCAAGUACACUCACGGGGAUGAGGACCGCAUGAAAGUGGCUAAGUUCAUGUGCCACGAUGUACGCACCGCCGACAAGUUUUAUGCCAUGAACCUAACCGCAAAGCAGGCGAUGGAGCACAGGAGGCUGUUCGAAGGGGCGCUGGAGGGUCCGGACCUGAGUCCCAUCAAACCCACGACUCCGGCUCCUUCUUCCUCCAGCAGGCGGAAGACGUCGACGCCCCGCCGCCGGAUUCUCGUGCUGUCUUCCGCCUCCGCCUCCUCCUCGUCCUCGUCCUCCUCCUCCUCCUCCUCCUCCUCCUCCUCCUCCUCCUCUGCCAGCGCGGAGGCUCCCGCCCAGCAGCAAGAGGAGUCGGCAUUAGACUCGAGCCAGGUAAACUGAAAAACAAUAAAAAAAACAAACACCACCAAAAAAAACAGCGU